AUGAACUGGAGGUUUGUUGAGCUCCUCUACUUCCUGUUUGUAUGGGGCCGUAUCUCAGUGCAGCCCUCCCACCAGGAACCAGCUGGGACAGACCAACAUGUCUCCAAGGAAUUUGAUUGGCUUAUUUCAGACAGGGGGCCUUUCCACCACUCCAGGAGCUACCUAUCCUUUGUGGAAAGACACCGUCAAGGAUUUACAACCAGAUAUAAAAUAUACAGGGAGUUUGCCCGUUGGAAGGUGAGGAACACAGCCAUUGAGAGGAGAGACCUGGUCCGUCAUCCAGUGCCCCUCAUGCCGGAGUUUCAAAGGAGCAUCCGCCUGCUUGGCAGGAGACCCACCACUCAGCAGUUCAUCGAUACCAUCAUCAAAAAGUACGGCACCCACCUCCUCAUCUCCGCUACCUUGGGAGGGGAGGAGGCCUUGACCAUGUACAUGGACAAAAGUCACCUGGACAGGAAGUCAGGGAAUGCCACCCAAAGUGUUGAAGCUCUGCACCAGCUGGCAUCAUCCUACUUUGUCGACCGUGAUGGCACCAUGAGGAGGCUCCAUGAGAUCCAGAUAUCAACUGGAGCAAUCAAGGUCACAGAGACACGCACUGGGCCUCUGGGCUGUAACAGCUAUGACAAUCUGGACUCUGUGAGUUCCGUCCUUCUGCAAAGCACGGAGAGCAAACUGCACCUUCAAGGUCUUCAGAUCAUCUUCCCUCAGUAUCUGCAAGAGAAAUUUGUCCAAUCAGCCUUGAGCUACAUCAUGUGCAACGGUGAGGGGGAGUACGUGUGCCAGAACAGCCAGUGUAGAUGCCAGUGUGCCGAGGAGUUCCCACAGUGCAACUGCCCCAUCACCGACAUCCAGAUCAUAGAGUACACGCUGGCCAACAUGGCCAAGUCUUGGGCCGAAGCUUACAAGGACCUGGAGAAUUCAGAUGAGUUUAAAUCGUUCAUGAAGCGUCUCCCUAGCAACCACUUCCUGACCAUUGGGAGCAUCCAUCAGCACUGGGGCAACGACUGGGACCUGCAGAACCGCUACAAGCUCCUGCAGAGCGCCACGGAGGCCCAGAGGCAGAAGAUCCAGCGCACCGCCCGCAAGCUCUUCGGCCUCAGCGUCCGCUGCCGCCACAAUCCCAACCACCAGCUGCCUAGAGAGAGGACAAUUCAGCAGUGGCUUGCAAGGGUCCAGUCGCUUCUCUACUGCAAUGAGAACGGGUUUUGGGGAACCUUCCUGGAGAGCCAGAGGAGCUGCGUGUGCCACGGCAGCACCACGCUGUGCCAGCGCCCCAUCCCCUGCAUCAUCGGAGGGAACAACAGCUGUGCCAUGUGCAGCCUGGCCAACAUCUCGCUCUGCGGCUCCUGCAACAAGGGCUACAAGCUAUAUCGAGGCCGCUGCGAACCACAGAACGUGGACUCGGAGCGGAGCGAGCAGUUCAUCAGCUUCGAGACCGACCUGGACUUCCAGGACCUGGAGCUAAAGUACCUGUUGCAGAAGAUGGACUCGCGCCUCUACGUCCACACCACCUUCAUCAGCAACGAGAUCCGUCUCGACACCUUCUUUGACCCCCGGUGGCGCAAGCGCAUGUCCCUCACUCUCAAGAGCAACAAGAACCGCAUGGACUUCAUCCACAUGGUGAUCGGCAUGUCCAUGCGCAUCUGCCAGAUGCGCAACAGCAGCCUGGACCCCAUGUUCUUCGUCUACGUCAACCCCUUCAGCGGGAGCCACUCGGAGGGCUGGAACAUGCCCUUCGGGGAGUUCGGCUACCCGCGCUGGGAGAAGAUCCGUCUCCAGAACAGCCAGUGCUACAACUGGACUCUCCUGCUGGGCAAUCGGUGGAAAACGUUUUUUGAGACGGUCCACAUCUACCUACGUAGUCGGACUCGGCUACCUACCCUCCUGCGGAAUGAGACUGGCCAGGGCCCUGUGGACCUGUCCGAUCCCUCCAAGAGGCAGUUCUACAUCAAGAUCUCGGAUGUGCAGGUGUUCGGGUACAGCCUGAGGUUCAACGCCGACCUCCUUCGCAGCGCCGUGCAGCAGGUCAACCAGUCCUACACACAGGGCGGCCAGUUCUACUCCUCUUCGUCUGUGAUGCUCCUCUUGUUAGAUAUUCGGGACCGAAUCAAUCGCCUGGCCCCCCCUGUGGCCCCGGGGAAGCCCCAGCUGGACUUGUUCUCGUGUAUGCUGAAACACCGCCUGAAACUGACCAACAGCGAGAUCAUCAGGGUGAACCACGCGCUGGACCUCUACAACACCGAGAUCCUCAAACAGUCGGACCAGAUGACAGCCAAGCUCUGUUAA